GCCAUUCCGCCAUGUUGUGAUUUACCUUCUCUCUCUUUCGAGACGAGUGGAGGAGGAGUUGGAGGAAGUUGGGGGGGGGGGAGGCGGGUGAGAAAAAGCGAAACAUUUCAAUCGGGUCUUUAUAUUUUUCCCCCCUCUUUCAUCUCCGCUCCCGGAUGAGUGAGGCGAAGUGAAUCCAGGUUAAUGCAACUUUGACCGUCGACUUAGCACAACCUCUAAUGAUGGCCUGCAACGCACAAGAAGAUGAAUUUGACCAGCUUGAUAAACCUGGUGCUGAGAGAUCUCGGAGAAGACGAACAACCAAUGAAGAGUGGGACAGUGAUCUUGAAGAUGACUUGCUUAGUGAUGACUGGGGAUUGAGCAAAAAGAAUCAGUCGGACCAAUCUGAUGAAGAGCUUGAUGAUAACCUUUUGCAAAGUGAUGAAGAAGCAAGUGAAAGUUACCAAGGUGUAUCCAUCGACAUCAAUGCCUCAACAUCUUUUACGGGUACAUCCUUAGAAUUAUCCAAGAGUAUAGGUGAUAAAUCUACUGAAGAGAUAUUCCAUUAUGCAGAAAAUGCAGCUCUUGACGUUGUAGAAGAUGCACAAGAAGAAAUGGAAAGCUACACGCAGGACGAAUAUGUUGAAGAGGAAGAAGGUGUGGAGUAUGAAGACAACGACACGGAGCUUGGAGACGACCAAAUGGAUUACCCAGCAGAACAGGGUGAAGAAAUGUACAAUGAUGAAGUGUUAGACCUUGAAAUCAAUGACCCUCUAGAUGAUGAAUUUCAAGAUGAAGACUAUACACAAUUUUAUACCACAAACCAGGAUAUGCCAGGAGACCUGCAAACUCAGGACAACGAAGAAUAUCAAGAAGCAGCAGCUUCAGACACGCAGGAGCAAGUUGUGGAAAAUGCCCAAGAGCCUGAAGAGGUAGUGAAACAAAUACAUGAAGAAGAAAGAAAAGAAGUCUCUGAUGAUGAAGAUGAUGAUGAUGAAGAGUCUGGAAGAAUGCGUUUCAAAACUGAACGGAAGGAAGGAACUGUUAUUAGGUUAACAGAUGCAGCUAGAAAGAGGAGAAACAUUCCAGACACCUUGGAACUUUCUGAUGAGGCUAAGGCAGCAUUGCGUGAGUUUGAGGAGACGGAACGCCAACGGAAACAGGGAAAAAGAGGACGAAGAGGAGGGUCUUCAGCUAAUUUUCCUUUUUGCGAUCAAAGGAGAGAUGGUGGUAGGAGGAGAGACCAACGACCACCCUUGAUGCAAGUGCCUCCAUCAUUGCAGAAUCCUCGUACGACGAUGAAUCCUUCAGAGCAUCAACCUGGUAGAGGUAAUUUACAACAGCGACGACAGCCACCGCCUCUUCUGGUACCCCAGCGACAUCCUUCCACAUCUCAGAUGUCCAGUUGUGCUCCACAGCAACCAGAACAGCAGCAACAGCAGGAGCAGCAGAACUCAGAAAGCGCUUCUAUUGGUAUAAAUUCAACAGUAAUCCCAGCACAGCAACCAAAGAACAUUCAUAUAAACCCUCAUUUCCGAGGUCCAGUGGUUACACCUGUGCAAGUGCCCUUGAUGCCUACGCCAAACCAGCCGAGGCCUGCUGUGGGCCCCCAGAGAUUCCUAAGCCCUCCAGAAUUUCAACCACCUAUUCCAGUCCCUGCAAAUUUUAAUCAGCCACCCAGGCUACCUCUUCAGGAACCAUGGAGAGGACCGCACCCUCAAGAGAGAGAACCGUUCUUCAUUGGUGAACCAAGGUUCCAAGGACAACAUAUGUUUGAGCAGGGCAGUCCUCCACCCCCACUUAUGAACAGCCACGCUAUGUCCUUGCAACCUCCAAUGGUGUAUAGCCAUCCAGGUCCGGGCUUCAACCAGCAGGGGCAACAUCACAUGUUUCCAAGGGAAGCUCCAAUCAGAACUAGCCUUCAACCCCAAGGUCAUAUGGGAAUGCCUCCCUUUAAUCAGCCUGGCCCAUUGAAUCCAAGACCAUUUAUUCCUCCAAGACAGCAAUUCCCACAAGGUCCUGGGCAGCCAUUCCCACCAUCACCCCACAUUCAACAAAAUAUGCAGCCACCCAUGCAGCUGCAGCCACUACCACAGCACCAGAAUAACUGUUCCCCUCAGCCGAUCAUUCCUAACCCUCCACACCAGUUUAGGCCACAUCUACAGAUUCUUCCUACAUCUGUAAAUGACAAACGACUUCAACGCCCACAGCGGCAGAAUACAAUGAAGCUUCGACAUAAUAUACCUGGAAUUCAAAACAUGAAUAAGCUACCAAAUCAGUUUCAGGCAUCUCUUCAACGAAAUAGCAACCUCCGUGAAUUGCCUAUUGCUCCCCAUAACAGUGGUGUAAGGCAUCACCGCCCUUUGUCUGCUCCUGCUGCUCAAACUACAUCUGUUUCUUGGACAAAGCCCACGGCCACAACUGUAACCUCUUCUCGAAUGAAACAGACUGUUCAAAGUGCACCUACUGUUCAGACUGCACCUGGAGUGAGGGUACCACAGAAGAACUUGCAACAAAAAAACAGGAAACAAAAGCCUACUUCACAGGAUUCUACAGUAGCAGAGCCUCCAGACGAAGAUGAGGAAACAAGAGUGUAUCGUUUGAAAAUUGAGGAGCAGAAGAAACUCCGCGAAGAAAUUCUGAAACAGAAGGAACUCCGACGUCAGCAACAAGCCGGUGCCCGAAAGAAAGAACUGCUUGAACGACUUGCACAACAGCAGCAGCAGGCGCCUGCUGCACAACAACCAUCACAACAACAACCAGCAAAUACACCACAGGCUCCCCAGAACAUUAACACAUCCACACUACAGGCUGUAAGCCUCGUACAGCCAAACAUAAAGAACAGAUUAUUCACAAAGAAACAAGGCAUAGGAGUCGGAGCACAACAGCAAUUCAUUAAAACUCAUCAAGCUGGAAAUAUCCUGCAGGUUCAGGCAGAAAUGAAGAAGAACAUCAACCAAGUCAAACAAGUCAGACCUGCACCCUUAAAUCAACUUCAAUUUUCAAAACUGGUCCAGUGUAAACCUGCUAACACACCAGGUUCCAGUGUGCAGCCUGGGAAGAUGCUUGUCCCUACAGUCAAGACCCAAGAAUUAAAGCCUGGUGUAAAACGAACUGUAAUGCAAAGAAUGAACAGUGGAGGAGGGGAUGGGCCACACAUUAAUCCCAAAAUAAGGGUGCUCAAGCUUCCAACAAUGCAGGGGAGUGAGAACACUGGCUUUUCUCAUCCUGAGGUCCAACCUCAGCAGCGGCAACACCAGCAGCAUCUUCAGAAACAGCAGCCUGUUCGAAAGGUCACAUUGACAAAAGGCGUCCAACAGCAACAGCAGCGACCACAGCAGCAACGGCAGCAAUCUGUACCACAAUUGUUAGGAAUGACAAAGAAUUCAGCUAGUCAACAGAACAGGGUCAUUAUGCAGGGGCGCGGCAUAGCAUUACCAGGCCAGAUGGGCCGAGGACGCAUGAUGCAACAUAAACAGAAUCUGCGAGUGGUGGAAUGCAGACCUCAACCAUGUGUGGUGUCAAUUGAAGGGCUUUCUUCUUCAACCACUGAUUUUCAGUUGAAAAACCUGCUGAUGUCUGUUGGACCUAUUCAGGACUUCAAGAUGAUGCGAGAGCAACGAAAGGCCAUUGCAAAAUUCAAGGAACCUGCACAUGCCUCAGCAUUUCAGCAGAAAUUCCACAGGCACAUGAUAGAUCUGUCUCAUAUCAAUGUGGCACUGAUCAUGGAUGAAUGAUUAUUCAUUGAUUGAAAAUAAAGCUUCAUUCUAGUGCAGAAGUUCAGAUCAAGUGAAAUGAAGAUAUGAAAUGGCAGAACUAUCAUAUGGUGAUCAAUUUCUAGCCAGUGCAUACGCCGUUAAAUUGGUGAAACCAAAGGAGUUGGCCCAGGUCCAGUGUGGGAUGAAGGAUGUGAUGCCACUGAAGAAGACUAUUUGUACUCUUGUUUCUACAUGUUUAUUGUUUGUUAUCACCAAAUGGAACAAAGUCUUUGGCAAAAACACCUCUGUGGAUUCAAAAUACCACAAAAGAAUGACUUAACUGUGAACGGUGACUGAAGUAGGCACUGUAGAAGUAGAACAGCUGCUUAUCAAACAUAAUAGAGGACUUAAAUGGUGAAUAACACUAGAUAAUGGUUGCAGCAGACUUCCUUCUUUGCAGGUUUAUAUUUAGGUGCUAAAUAUAGGCCCCUUUUAAACUAUUUUGUAUCUAUAGCAUGGCGAGCUUCAAAAUAGUGCAUCAUUUUGCCCUUCUAAAGUAAGAAUUAGCUGAAAGGAACUCAGAAUUGCAUUGAGAAAUGCAUGCUGAUGACUUUGAAUUUCAAAUGCAAAUUAGCCCAUUGUUUUAAAUCUCUUUUGAAAGAUGCUUAACCACAAGAUUUAUAAUGCUGGAAAAAAACUUAAAGGCAGUGUAUUGGAUGGGGGGAGGGGGGCGUGCCUGUUGUAGAUUGGGAUUUUAUUUCUGUUUUCUAGCAAAAGCAUCACUGAGAAAAAGUUGAAAAUAAUACCAGUCUGUUCUGUCAGUAAGAUGCACAUUGUUAAUUUUAAUGAAAGGCAUCAUUUGAAGGAAAAAUAAAUUGAAAUGAAAAAUGAGAGACUACAAAAACAUUUUCCAAGCCCUUCUGAUUGUUCAAGCAAUGAAACAUCAAAAAUUAUUUAACUUAAAAGAUAAAAUGUGAAGAUUUUCAACCUAUUCUAGGCAAAAUGAUCUUGAAGGCUGAACCUUGUGUUAAAUACCCAAAAUACCUGAUUAUCUGGAAAACAGCUAUUUAUGUUAUGUGAGUGGUAGACAAUGGUGAGAACUAGUUUAGUGCUACAGUUUGAAGAUAGAUUCAAACACAGACAUUAUGUGAGGCAUGCCAGAGUAGUGGCAGAAUGAGAGUCAUGUUACUUUACUACAUGUUAAACUGUAGUUGGUUUGCUCCACAAUAUAGGCCAUGAGAUUGUGUGUGAACUAAGAACUAGUUCUAGACUUUCUGCAGUAUUUUGAAUAUUUUGUCCACGGUUGUACCAUAGAGUAUUCAUUACUGUGGUGGUAGUAAUCUAUUACUUAAUGCGAAACCUUUCAUUUUGUAUUAAAGCAUUAUAAGGUCUGCUCAGUUCCAACAGACGUUGACAUACAUUAAACCCCAGAAUCAGGUUUUCAUUUCACCUGUCUGCUGGUUAGUGAUCUUUUUUAAACCAUCAUAUCUGCUGAAUUCCAGCCAUCUGAAAAAACAAAUGUUUCACUGCCACAGGCGAUGACUCCUGACUUGCUCAGUUUCACGUCUUGGAUCUGCUGGUGGAAUUAUCCAACCACCAGACUGCCAAAACAGAUGGCCUCUGCUUCUUGCUGAUGACAAUGAAAAGUGAAAGACCUUCAGAAAUGCAGUUGUUUCUCAAGGCAUUUUUUGGUUGAGGCUUGUGGGGGAAGAAGAGAUUGGUUUUAGGUUUUUUUUAAGUGUGUGCUGCAUAGGCACCUCCAAGUCUGUAUUUCAGAACACAUUUUAUCAAGUAUCUUUGUACAAAGAGGAGUAAUUUUCUUCCUAUUCAGAAGAUUGAGAAUUAAUACUUUGAGUUGCAGUAUUCGGCUAGUUGUGUCACCUGUAUCUCAAUCACCCUGUGCAGAAGGAAAUUGUGCAAUUAAGUCAGCUUUUGUUUGACCUAGUCAGCAUUCAGAUUAAUAUUUAACUUAAGUACAGCUGUAGAAACUGUCAUAGCAGAUUUUUUAGUCCAAGGGGCUUUGAUAUCUGACUUACUAUGUGGUGGAAAAAUAUAUGGGUGUUUAUUAAGAUUUUAAUGUGAGUUUGCCCUGUGCAACCCCACUUAAUGAAACUACCCAACUAUUAUAGGAGAGCAGAAUGUUUCAGAUUCAUUCGGAGAUUUGUCAGAUAUUGCAGCUCAUUGAGGAUUUUUAAUUUGCUUUCAUAAAAUAGUACAUUAACUGCAUAUUCUGUUAAUGUUGAUUUGUGGUUGUAAAAUACAGUUUCUUACACUAAACAUUGGAGCAUUAUCACUGACAAUGCAGACCUACAAAAAAGAUUAAGCAGUAGGAAAUUUCCAGCAAUAGGUGAGGAUUGUAGAGCUAGGAAUAAAUCGAACUUAAGUGUAAGCUGUCUUUUUUGUAUUAGAUGCUGAAUCCUGAGUUGGCGCAAGGAUUGAAAGUAUCAUGCAGAUUUUCAUUUUCGUUUUAUCUGGCCCGCCACAGACUAAAGAAGUAGAAUCUUGACUGGGCAUAAUGGAGCAGUUUAUGCCAGUUCUUGCUGGAUGAGGAACAAUUCAAUCAUGAUCACAUAGAUGGAUUGAAAUGUAUUACAAAUGCUAAGGGUUGUUGGCCUUGAUUUUUUUUUCUCAUUUAUUUGUUUGUGUGAUGCUGUGUGCAUAAAAUUCAUGAGUCAGGCAUUUUGGUUCCCUUUGAUGUUUACAUUUCUAACAUCUUCAAUUUGGAAAACCAAAUGGGUUACAACUCAUGCAUAUUCCCACCAACAAUAUAUAUAUAUUAUAUAUAUGUAUUAUAUAUUAUAUAUUUGUAUUAUAUAUAUUAUAUAUAUAUAUGGCUAGUAUAUAAUAUAUAUAUUAUAAAUAUAUAUAUUAUAUAAAAUAUUAUUUGCAUUACUGAAGCAGCAACUUGCAUUGCUGAAGUCUUUUGAGACAGGAGUGUUUACCAGUUUAUAUAGCAGUCAUUUAUGAAUGGCAAUGGCCAUGUUGACAGAGGGAAUAGAUGGUGGGUUAGGAUAUGUCAUAUUAAGGACAUAAGUAUGGUAAAACUGUAGGUGUAUAGGGGAAGAUGUGCUGCAACCAUCAUCAGAGUUGUUCGCUGCACAUUAGUUGGUUUCACUUAAAAUGAAAAGAAACAUUUGUAUGGCAGCAUGUAAGUAGAGCAAAAUGCUUUCAAGUCAUCAUCUGUGAUGUUCAUCUACUUUUUAGACGUUGUGCAUUAGCUAAUAAUUUCUGAAGUUGACUGUUUUUUCCAUGUAUUUUAUUUCAAAGUUUAUUGGAUGAAAUGACUAUUGACCUGAAACAAGACAUCCUGUGUAUUAAUACAUUUUUAUAAAGAUCACAGUUCUUCCAUAUGUACUUUCUCCUGUUUAUUUACAUGGGUCUUCUUACUCAGGGGUGAUACUUUGCAAACUCCUCCGUGUGUAUGUGGAGCCAAAUUUUUUUGAAUCCUUCAUGCAGUAAAGUCCUUGUGUGAGUAGUGGGAUGCACAGUAGUUUAAACACAAAUUUGACUAUGUUAAAGUCGAGUUAUAAUAUAGAGCAAUUUGAAUUAAAUUGGAUAACUUUAUUUUCUGGAGGUUUCUAGGCAUUUUGUUUGCAUUAUGUAGCUUCCAAAUUGGUUGCCCUAUACAUUGUAGAAAGUAUAACUUUGUAUUUGUCAAUGAUGAGUCCGAAACACGUCUUACUAGUUUAAAGGGAUGCAUCUUUGUAGAGAGACUACUUAUGAUGUAUUCAGUUGCCCAGUUUUACGUCUCCUACAUACAGUAUUCUAAAAUUAGUGGUUGUCUUGAGGUGCUAGGGAUAACCUACAUUUUAUGACCGUUGAAGCGGUAAACUAAUGCCACAGAACUACUGGCUUUUGUGAUGUGCUCUAGGAAACAUUGAGUCAUGCUGUUUCUUUACUGAUGGGGACCGUGGUUUCAUAUUCUAAACUAUGUCAGCUGAGUUCUGAUGCCAAUUUUAAAAUGUAGACCACAGUUCCUGCUAGUUUUGAGAACUCAUAACUUGAUGGUUCAUGAAACAUGCUCUCAGCCAAUUUUCACUCCAACAUCUGCUUGCUACUACUGCACUUAAAAUGUUUGACACGUUGUGGACCACCCAUUUUAUGCAAAAGUUAGUCAGGGAGAAAUUUUAAAAUGCUGUAUGUAGAAAACGUGAUAAGACCUCUUACCAAUGCUCCCCUACCCCUCCCCUCAAAAAGCAUGUUCCCAUUUAAUUGUACUUUUUCUUUGAUUUAAUACCAAGAAGUAUUAUAAAUAGUUGCAGGUUAACAGCUGUGAAAGGAAAAUUUAUUCAUUCCUACGUUAUUUAUUUUAAAACAUGUUCAAUUUACUGUUUAAUAGAUAAUAUGACUGGACGUAUUUGGUUGAAAUUUUGGAGCAAUCUUAAGUG